UAAACUCGUUUGUCAAGUGUACGUCUCUAGAUUAACUGGUGCGGUGGCAGGUUGUAUUUGAAGCAGACGAUAUUGUUAGCCGACGAUAAGACUAAUUUUCUUCAAAGGGAAGAAAAACUUAACUAUAAAUAGAUGAACUUAUGCUGUGCGGUCGAUGUGGAUUCGUCUCAAUCAAGGGAACUAACGAAGUUCAGUGACGGCGAGAAAGUCCACAACUGUUAUAUUCGGUAAUUGGCACCAGGACAGACGACUGCAGCCGGCAGCGGACCUCUUCCUCGUUCACCGCAUCUCUAUUGUUCUGGUAUAGGUAUCAUGCAGCGCGGUGAGUUACUCACGUCUGCUGGAGCGUAGCAGACGAUCUCCAAAGGCGGGAACUCGGAGACUUCCGCGUGCGCGGUUAUGCUCAUAGGAUACACGCGAAACACGACUAUCCAUUUGGAAGAUGUCACUCCAGUGGACGGGGCUCGUUGUUGGGGCCUACUUGAUAGCUCUUGUGAUCACGUCGGGGGCUGAGGAAUAUGUCGUUCGGGACACCGAUUAUGGACAGGUCAGAGGCUUUGUUAAAACUGUGCUGGGCUCCAAGAAGGUUGAGCGAUAUUUUAGGGUCCCGUUUGCUGCACCACCUGUGGGAGAACUCCGAUUCGAGAACCCCGAAGAACCCAAGUCGUGGGAGGGAAUUCUUAACGCCACGGUCAAGCCUCCAGCGUGCCCCCAAACAGGAUCGGAAUGGUCUUACGUUCACAUGCACGUCCCUGGAUACACCGACAGCGACGAAGACUGCCUCUACAUCAACAUCUACGUACCACAGACAGGUGGCGCUGACAGCAAGAUGGCGGUCCUCGUGCACAUUCAUGGUGGUUCAAAUGAAGUCGGCAUGGGAACGAUGUUCGAUGGAGACAUUUUAGCAGCUCUUGGAGAAAUUAUUGUUAUUACUUUUAAUUACAGACUCGGGCCAUUCGGGUUUCUGAGCGGCGAACGACCAGAGUUCCCGGGCAACUAUGGGCUUAUGGAUCAGACUGCAGCGCUGAAGUGGGUAGCCAAAAAUAUUCAUUUUUUUGGAGGUGACCCCAACAAGGUCACAGUUGAAGGUCACAGUGCAGGAGGAGGAAAUGUCGGUUUCCACAUCGUGUCACCUCAUUCGAAAGGACUGUUCCGGUACGCCAUUCUGCAGAGUGGGUCACCGACGGCUUAUUGGGCUCUCCUCCGGCCUCCUGCUAAUGCCAUCUUCAGAACAAUUCGCUUUGGUGAGAAACUUGGCUGUUAUUUCGACCAGGAUAUGCAGGAAUUGAAGCAGUGCUUGAAGACCAAAGACUGGAAAGACAUAAUACAGGAGGAAUAUGAUUACGUGCCAGGAAUGUACAACUUCUCUCCUGUCAUCGACCAGCAGUUCCUGCACAGUGAUCCGGAGUCUCUUCUGAAAGAUGCCGACUUGAACGGUGAAGUGUUCAUGACCGGCGUUACCCGCGAUGAAGGGUCGCUUACAGCUGAAAUCGUGGUUAAAGAAGCAGAUUUUAUAGAACUUACCCCAGUUAUUGCCGGGACAUUUACCCCUCCUCCCCAAAUCAUGAGAAACAUUCCGGAAAUUAUUGACCUUGUUGUCCACGAAUAUAAACCAUGGAAAGAUCCUGACAAUAAGACGGCUAAUAUCAUCGGACUCUCUGAUGUUGUUGGUGAUUCUACCUUUGUUGCCCCCGCCAUUGAUGUAGCGAAGCGUCUAGCGCAGAGGACACAGAACGUAUAUUUUUACUCUUUUGAGUAUCACUCUCAAGUAUCAAUGAAACCAUCGUGGCUUGGGGUUCCCCAUGGACGUGACCAGUUCUACCUGUUUGGCUACCCUUAUACAGGACACCCGCUGUACGUUUACACUGAAGAAGACAGGCAAGUAAGCAAAGUCCUCAUCAACAUGUGGAGCAAUUUCGUGAAAAAUGGGAAACCAUCCUUAACUACUGGAGAUAAUCAAAUAGAUUUCGAAGCUUUUGACGCUUACAACCAAACCUACAUGAAAAUCAACGGGGUUGAAGGCAAUGGGACAAUAACAACAGACCAGAGACUACGUCCCCGCAAGGUGGCGUUCUGGAACUCACUGCUUCCGCGGAUGCGCAAUAAAACACCUGAAAUAAAGACAGAAGCAUAUGGAACUGUAACAUGGGUAUUAAUCGUUCUAUGCGUCAUCUUGUUUAUAUGUAUGGUUGUAAGUAUUGCGUGCGCAGUUCAUAUUCGCCGUCAUAAUUCACCACCAACCUAUGCAGUAUAACGUAAUCUGUUUAUAGGGAAUCUCGGUAGUAAAUCUUCAUCAACGGUUUUCAUCAUGUUCAGUGCAUGCGCUCAAUGUGCCAUAUAUUGUUAUGCAGUAUUUCAAAAAUAAAAAUCAAGAAAUGUAGCGUGUUUCGGGUAAAUUGUUUAAAGCGACCGUUGUGUCCCUUGUUCGUUUGACAAUAUGUGUUUGUUAUUAUACAUGUUUCUUUCAAUAGUCACACCCGAAUUUUGCAGAAAUUUGAAGACAGGUCAAUGAGUAAAUAUAUUUAUUUAUGUCUGUACAUUUGUCAAGAUACGCGUGUGUACACUGAUGCUGUAUGUGUACUGGGGGCCAAAAAGUAUUACAUCUGAAAUGUCUUUUUCCCCUAAAAUGCAGUGCAUCUGCAAUGGGGAAUGAAAACAACAGACAGUGCAUCAUAACCUGAGGAAGAACACAUUCUCAUGUUUAGCGAAGAGGCCCAUAGGACGUUGUCAUAUGGUCUUAUGGACUCAUUGUCGUAAAUAACCGAAGAUGACGAUUUUAUGGAACGCUGUUCCAACAAUAGAAUAGUUGAGAUUAUGUGCACUUGAGAUCUGGAAACACACUUUUCCAUAUUUUCUCAGAAAAAAGACCAUGGAUAAUAUAACAAAUAACCUACUCGCAACUCGGAAUAAGGGAUUAUCUAUAAGGGAACUACUGACAGUGUUUAAAGGUACAAAACUGAUUCCCUCAAUAUUCUCUAAAUAUGUCACAUUAAGAAAUGUCCUGGUGUCCGUUGCAAGUUUCUGAUACAUGUAUAAUGAGUUAUCCCCCGUUGUUGUUCAGUAUAUUCUGUAUGUGAAAUAUAGUGACUGGGAAAACGAUCCCUGUACUAACCAAAAAUAGGGUUGAUCGUAAAGGAUGCUAGUUUACACAAAUGCACCGUUUCUGAAUAUGUUCACAACUUUACAGUCAUAUAAUACGGAAAUUCUGGUGUUAUUAUAUUGAUGCAAUAAACAAACCACACACCACGGCUAAAAUGUGUGUCAUAUUGCAAGGGAGAUUCACUUAAAAAUGGAAAAGACAGUUAUAAUUUUGAAAAUCAUAGUAAUAACUGUCCAUACGAUCACCGAUUUAAUGUAUCCACAUGUACAUAUUCAUGUAUUUAUAGUAUUUAUAAAAUUUCAUAACCGUCAUUGUUGAACCGUGAAAGGCAUGCUGUGUCACACGUCUCGGACAGAACUCGGACAUCUUUAAAAGCGUGUGGCAACAUGUAAUGCUGUUGCGGUCCCAGUUGCGAUUUCACUAAUGUCUGUGGUGUGUUUUUCUUUGGAUUUUGAAGCCUCUUGUAUGUGUGUACGUUGUAUCACAAAAUCAGUUUCUUCCAUCAGUGGUUGUUGUAGUAUUUGAGAGUUAUAGGGAGGCUAUUCUCAACACCCAUUUCAGUCUAGGUCUGGAUGUUGUAUCAGUACUAAUAAGAUACUCUUUUAAUAUAAGUACAAAAAAAGAAAUUGUCAGGAUUGACUCUCUGUCAAGGACAAGCCCCCGUUAACGACGGUACUAGAAAAUCAAUGGAACCACUUUUGCAUCUUGUAACUUGACAUACGCGUUUUUUUGAGUACUGUCACGGUACAGCCAGGUUUUGGUCCCAGUUCAAGUCUGUGUCUAUUUGAUAAGUAUUCGUCUCCAUUUUACCUCACCGGGACACAUUGGUUUUAUUGUGUUUACAGUCUUUGGGGUUAUUUGUAUUGAACCCCUGCCCCGAAAUUAGCAUUAGUAAUUGGAUUUCACCGAUUCAAAGAAAGGAUGAGAACCUCAUGCACUAGCUUUGAAUAAGUUUAUUUUAUCGAAAGGUCAGGAGACCAAUUUAUGUCAAUGUAUCGACCUUGGUUAGCUAGCCAUUGUUAAAUGUCGAAGAAAAUGUUUUAGGAUUCAAUGUAUUCAAAUUGUUGUCAGUUGUCAUUUAUAUGCCUGUCGAUUUGUGUUUUACUUGUAUCGUUUUAUAUGAGAGAGAGGAUUUUUGGAAAGCAACUUCUUUAUUAUGAGGAACACAACUUUUCGGAGGAUAUACUUACCCAUUGUCCUGGCGAAGGAGUAAGUAUACACUCUGAAACAUUGUGUUCCUCAUAAUAAAGAAGUUGACAUCCUUACAUUCUGUCCCUUCUUGGUAUCACUUCUAAAUACCAUUUAAAGAUGGUGGUAUUCAAGAGAAGCAUGAGAAGCAAAUUCUGAUGGUAAAAUCUUAAUUUACUGUCUAAUGUAAGAUGUCACCUACUGUUCUAGUAUUAUGGAUGUUGAAACAUUAUGUAGUGAUAUACUAGUGACCAUUUAAAAUCUUGAAAGAAAAUAUUUUUGAAUCAAGUACUUUUGUUCUGACAAAAUAACUUAGCCACCAUGCCUAUGAGUAGAGAUAAUGAAACAUUAAAUCAAUUUCCAGAAUGGUAUCAAAUCCAAUUCUCUCCUGCUUUCGUGUGUGAAAUAUUCAAUCUAAAUGUUUUACCAAGUAUUAGGGUAAAUACCACUCCUUAAUAGUACAACACGUGACAUCUUAUACAUUCUUGAGGCACAAAUGGUCACGACGCCUGGUGAAACUUGUAUACACUUAUUUCUUUAUGGUUAUAGCAUUGGUUAUUGACACUUGUUACCACGCACAACUUUAAUUCAUGUAAGAAAUAGCGCUGUCUGUUUGUGGAUAACAGUUCGCAAUUCAAAACACUGAUCUCUUUUGUCAUUAAACGAUACAUAUGUUUCAGCAAGGAGGCGACUUAUAUGUGAUUUAGACAUGCAUUAGUAUAUUAAUGUAUACAUAUGUAGGCAGAGUGGGGUAAAUGUAAAUUUCCUUGUUUUUUUAAGUGGUGACCAUCUUAAUGGUUACAUAUUCAAUUGACAAUUCAAUUCACCAAAACGGCUAGUCUUAGAUAUGAAGUACUGUGUGAAACAACUUCCCCAUAUACCCCUGAUGUGAUCAUGAAACAUAAUCGCCUAUCAAAUCGUGCAUGUAAUUAACAUAUAUGUCUGAACAUAUACACAUUUACUGGACCUCCAAAUAUAUGCAUAUAUAACCGUUUAUAAUUUUAUUGUAUCCUUAUUCUCAAAGCAUUGACCUUUUGUCCUGUUCAAAUACAAGUAUUCAAAAAGAAGAAAGGUAUUCAAGUGAGCUAAUGUUCAUCACGGCUCCCUUUCUGUGACACUGGACAAUUUCUUAUUUUUCUACUUCUCGUUAUAAUAAUGCUUAUGUAAUAUAUACAUAGAAUAAACAUUUCUGGACCGUUA